AUUGAACAAAUCUCCCCUGUGGACUACCGUUUAAAAGCAAGAGUACUCUGCAAAGGGAAAGGCUGGGUUCUUAUCAGGACACAAAUUUACAAGCUGCGUGGAUUUGGGGAUGGCAAUUAAACACCUCGUGUUUUUGGUUGCUGCUGCUUGCUUACUGCCUAUGUUGGCCAUGAAAAAGAAAUCAGCUAGAGAACAAUUUAAUAAGCUCCUCACUGAAUUGGCAAAUGUACAAGAAGAGAUCGUUACUGUACACAACAGCCUCAGAAGAGGAGUAGUUCCACCAGCCAGCAACAUGCUGAAGAUGAAUUGGAGUGAGGAGGCUGCUCAAAAUGCCAGAAUGUUUUCAAGGUAUUGUGAUAUGACAGAGAGUAACCCGCUUGAGAGGAGACUUCCAAAUACCUUUUGUGGAGAAAAUAUGUAUAUGACAUCUUAUCCUGUAUCAUGGUCAACUGUAAUUGGAGUCUGGCACAGUGAGUCUAAGUAUUUCAAACAUGGACAGUGGACGUCAGCGGAUGAUGGCGUAACGACUGACCACUACACUCAGAUUGUUUGGGCCUCGUCUUACCUGAUUGGCUGUGCCAUUGCAUCAUGCCGCCAGAAAGGAUCACCUCAAUAUCUCUAUGUUUGUCACUAUUGUCAUGAGGGAAAUGAUCCUGACACAAAGAAUGAACCUUAUAAGAUGGGCGUUCCAUGUGCAGACUGCCCAAAUAACUGUGAAGACAAACUUUGCACUAACCCUUGCCUCUACUACGAUGAAUACUAUGACUGUGAUGAACAAGUCCAUUAUCUUGGAUGCAACCACUCAACCACUAUCCUGUUCUGUAAAGCCACUUGUCUGUGUGACACAGAGAUAAAAUAGGUCUUUGUUAUUUGCAACUGUUCUGUGCUGUGAUGAUGAGGAGAUGUCUGUUGUAUCAUGUCUUUUGCAUAGUUUAGUAGCUUCUGCUAAAUUUUAUUUGACUUUAAUCAUGCUGGAGGUCUUAACUCCUCUCCUGAUACAUCCUGAAGUAACAUUUUUUAAAACUUUCUUAGUGUUGGGGUAAAAAGUCAAGUCCAACGCCUACCUUAAAUUAAAUCAUAUGAUAUAUAGUUCUUAAGUUGGUAUAAUUCAACUUACGGUAUAACUGGGUCCCUCAAGAGUAACCUGGUCUAAAGUAGGUCUUAUGUCAUUGAACUCCCACCCCUGCUUUCCCCACGUUUUCAGCCACUCUGAUUUUCUUCCCUGCACAACUAACGUUCAGUAAUCAUUCCUUACUUUUGAAAUUUUACCUCUACUUUAAAUCAGUCAUUAAAGGCAUCCACAAAGCAAACAGAGUCCAGUCUCAUCUUGCAAGGUAAAUAUCACUUAAUUCGAGGCCGUUUAAAUGUCUCAUCAUUUUAUUGACACAUCUAUAUACACCCUUGUGAAGCAUGAAACAAUAAAAAACUUCAUGUGCCAUUAAUUUAACAAUAUAUGUAUUCCUUGUUGAUUACAUACAAGAUGCAUGUUUAUAUAUAGAGAGAGAAUAUAGUUUCAUUUCAUUUCAAAGACAGUAUAAAAGAUGUAUAGAAAAUAGUAUAAGAAAUAAAUAAGUCCCUAAAGAUAUACCAGUCAUAUAUUAUUAUUGCCAGAUGAGCAUGAAUAGCUUCUGUUUGGAGAUCCAGGAAAGCCUUAAGGGCAGAAUGAGGAACAUCUUCUGGGUAAACAGGGUUGCAAAGUCUUUCAACACAAUGGAACAGCACAGUUAAGGCCAACUAACAUAAAAUGCACUGAAGUCUUAGCAAAUAUUGAAGGGCCUGACAUGACCCCAAGUUUUAAUAUUAUAUCAAAUUUAUACCCAGCUCUACCUACUUUUAUAUUUCUUUACUCAUUUCAAUAGUGUUUG